AUGAUUAUAGUCACGGACUAAAAAUUUAAUUAAGGAAGUAUUUUAUAAUAAAUUUAAACAUAAUAAUAAAUAAUGUAAUAUUAGAUUUAAAUCCUAGAUAUAUAGUCCUAUGAUAAAAAAUAGUAUUACAACAUUAGAAUUACGAACAACUACUCUACUUGUUAUCGAGAUGUGAGGGUACGUUUUUAAGAUUUAAGCCAAUUGUCACGGAACCUUAUAUCAGACAAUUAUUAACUUAAUGUAAGGUAUUUAACAAUAUACGUGAUUAGUUUCCUGUAUUUCCAGAGAAGUCAAUGUUCAGUUCAUGGUUUCAGAGCAAUGAAAGCAAGGAGGAAUUGCAAGAACAUCUUAAAGCCAUUUAAGCUUACUUAGCUUAUAUUAAUAAGUAAGGAAAUACUUAUAGUUAAGAAUGAUAAUCUAUAAGCCUGAUGCUAUAAACUAUUUUGUUUGUAAUACAUUCGAUCCUGAGCGGUUGAAAUGCUUGACUUUUAGCAAGUUAUCGAAGGAGAUGCUCUAUAGUACUUACAGAAAGUCAGGAAAAAUAAAGGACAGUCAAUUCAAUAAAGUGUUUAGAGUGAGUCUCCAAUAGAUGGCUCUCACAAUCCAUUAAUAUUUGAUACCCCAAAGUGAUUUCGCUAAAAAUGAAUAUGAAAAUUUUAAGAGAGCACAAUUGUUGAUAACAGAUUUCACUUAUAUUGUUAAAUGCUUUGAAAUAGGUCACAUUGUUAAGAAUAAGCCUUUUUUUAAUCGGAAGAUCAAGAAAACUGUAUAUAACAAAUUCAUAAAAAUGGAUGACUUAUAGUAUGAUAUUAUUUAUGCAGUUGAAGAAUGGGUGGAAUAACCAAUGAACUAGAUUAUAUUUUUAAGAGCUUAAACACAUAAUCAUUUUCAGUUAGAUGUUAUUGUUGAAGCAAUUAUAACAUUAGUAUCAGUGGCUCAAUAUUUCUAAUUUUUAUAGAUAUUUUAGAAAUAGUUCUCUGUAAGUUAUUUGUUUUAUGAUGAAAACAAAGGAUUCAAAGUUGGUGGUUUAUCGCCAGUUUUAGCCUACAAAAAGAAAUAUCAUUUAUAAUAUGAUAGUGAUGUAAACGAUUAUCAAGCACUAUAACCACCUGAAAAUAAUAUAACAGGAAGUUCUUAUGGCUUCAGGAAUAAUUUAAAUGCUUCAUCCAGAACAGAUGUUUGGUAAAUUGGUAUUGUCAUUUUAUCAAUGGCUUCACUCACAUUGCCAGCAGAGUUUAUUUCAUUAGAUAAUAUUGAAGAUAAAUUGAGCUUCGUAUCAUUUCAAUAUGGGUAUGAAAUUUUUAAAAUUAGGGAAAUGUUAGGAAGUUUAAUUAGAAAUAUGUUGAUACGUAAUCCCAUUGAGAGAUUUACACUGGUAGAUGUGGCUAGUGCUGCUAAAAGCCUGUUACCCAUGAAAUUAGAAUAUCUGAAGUAUGAGGAGAAAACUGAAAGAAUUCAAGUUUAAAUAUUAAUUUAAAUAGAUUACUUCACUUUCUUAAUCACAUCUUGAAGAAUUAGACAAAUCUUUUAAGGAGAAAAAAAAAAGAAAAUAUAUCAUUCAAAUGACAAUUAGCGAACCACUUGUCUUAUAAAAGUUCUUAUUCUAUUUGGAGAGAAUUAAAAGAGAAAAUGUGAUACAAUUACAUAUCAAUCUAUCUCCUCAGCAGAUCCUUGACGAUUUGAUUGAGAAAGCGAUGGCUAUCAUAAUUGAAUAUAAGAAUUUACAAUAACUUGUGUUUAGUAUGAGAGGAUGUUCCAUUAGUGAAAUUGCUUGCUUAAAUAUAAUUAAUCAAGCUAACACAAUAAGUCAAUUAAAACAGUUGACACUAGGAAUAACUGGAAUAUAAAUAGUCGAUAUUCCUGAAACAAUAAUUAGAGUGGUUGUGUAUAACCAAUGA